AAGGUCGCCGAUGACAAGACUUUUGGCAUGAAAAACAAGAACAAGUCUGUCAAGGUCCAGAAAUACAUUCAGCAAGUCCAAGGACAGGCUAUGGCCAACGUAACAAACGCAUCAAACAAGGAAAAGAUUGCUGAAAAGAAGGCUUUGGAACAAAAGCGCAAGGAAGAACUUGCUGAAUUGUUCAAGCCUGUCCAGACACCACAAAAGGUGCCUUUUGGAACAGAUCCCAAGAGUGUUAUUUGCCAGUAUUUCAAGGCUGGUCACUGUGAAAAGGGUUCCAAGUGUAAAUUCUCUCACGACUUGAACAGCGAGCGUAAGGUUCAAAAGAAAGAUUUCUAUACCGACUCUCGUGCCACUGAUGAAGAUACCAUGGAAAGUUGGGAUCAAAAGAAGCUUGAAGAAGUUAUCAAGAGCAAGUCUGCAAAGCAACCUCCUACAGAUAUUGUGUGCAAGCAUUUCUUGGAAGCCAUCGAGAACAGCAAGUACGGCUGGUUCUGGGAAUGUCCUAAUGGUGGUGUCGAGUGUAAAUAUCGCCACGCUCUUCCUCCUGGUUUCGUUUUGAAAUCAAAGAAGGACAAGAAGGAUGAUAAGAAGGAGAUUUCACUCGAAGAGUUCUUGGAUACAGAGCGUCACAAACUUGGUCCCAACCAAACACCUGUCACACUGGAGUCUUUUAUGCAGUGGAAGAAGAACAGACAGGUAGCUAAGGAUGCUGAGGAAGCUGCGAUACGUAAGCAGAAGGAAACCAGAUUCAAGGCUGGUAGAUCCCAGGGAAUGUCUGGAAGAGAUCUGUUCGACUUCAACCCUGCUAUGGCUGCAGAUGCCGACGAG